AUGAAUAUACACUCGGGGCGUGGGGUGUUCCUCUCUUUCUCUCAACAAACAAAAGAGGAGGGGACAGUGACAAAGGAAAAGGAUACAGUAGAGAAAGAGGAGACAGUAGAGAAAGAGAAGGAGACAGCAACAAAAGAGAAGGAGACAGCAGCAAAGGAGAAGGAGACAGUAACGAAAGAGAAGGAAACAGUAACAAAGGGAAAGAGACACAAACUCAGAAGGAGACAGAGGCCUUCUGUUGGCUCCCACCCCCCCCUUGAGAGAAACUCACAGGGACCGCGAAUAGCUGCUGCUGCUGCUGCUGCUGCAGUUGCUGCUGCUGCAGUUGGUGCUGCAGCAGCACCUGGCAGGAGACAGCUGCUGCAGCUGAGCAAAAGACUCAAUGGGUUUACUGAGGGCCCCCAGAUGCUCUGA